GCACCAACUCAGGGUAGCCUUCCCAGUAAUCUUACGCCGGGUCACGGCUAGGGAUUGUAAGUAAGUACUAGUUUAGCACAUCACGUCCAGCCAGGCGUGGUUAUUUCUUUGGCUUUGAACCGAUCGCUGUCAAUCAAGCCUUUGCCAGCAUGCCAGUGAGUGAACAAUGGUAAACGAAACACAGGAAUGCAUGCAACGCCGGAUUCAGGCAGUAACCUGCACUUGUGACAGUGGCUAGGCAAGCGUAAGUAAAAAUAACUUCCAGGGGCGGCGGCGUUGCUCGCCUAGAAGUAUUAGGCCUUUCAAUGGAGUCGUUGGUAGCGGCAGAAGCGGCAGUAGCGACAUCAGAUGCGGACGUCAACUCGCCUAGUAGUAGUCGAUCUACUGGGCAGCAGUCUGGAAUUUCAGCUGAUCUCACCCGGCCCAUUGAUUGGCAGGACCUGGAUAAGCGAAGACUGUACGUCAUUGGGCCGUCCGGAUUCAUGCUAGUUCGCUUCGUGCUCUAUCCGCCGAUGCUGAUCAAGACGCGGCUGCAGGUCCAGCGACGUGGAGCGCACUACACAGGAUCGCUGGACGCGUUCCGGCAGAUUCUCAAGUACGAAGGCGUGCGUGGGCUGUACAAGGGAUUCCUGGUGAACACUGGCGGAUUACUGGCUGGGCAAUGCUAUAUCACUACGUACGAGAUGUCAAGACAUUACCUGAAACAGCUGCCACUCUUCUCCACUAGUAACACUGUACCCAGCCUGCUCGGCGGAGCUCUUGCAGCCAUGGUAGCACAGACUAUCGUGGUGCCGAUCGACGUUGUGUCACAGCUACAGAUGAUGGACGGGCAACGUUCGACGACAACGGCGACGGCGGCGAAGGGGACGGCCGCGUCUCAGACCACCGCGGCACAGCCGCGGCAGCCGGCAUUGUCCAUCAUACGGGCAAUCUACGGCAGCCAGGGCGUCGCAGGUUUUUACCGUGGGCUGGGUGUGUCCUUGCUGACGUUCAUGCCAAACAACGCCAUCUGGUGGGCGUCGUAUAGCCAGUUAACAAGCUUUGGACAGACUAUGGCACCUCAUACCUCUAUUCAUCUCAUCCAGGCGAUGUCCGGCUGUGCAGCGGGGGCUAUUUCGGCAACGCUGACGAAUCCCAUCGACGUCACCCGGGCUAAGCUUCAGGUGGAUAACUUACCCUCAAUAUCCAGCACCAUCAAGCAGCUCUGGAAAGAAGACGGCAUAUCAUUCUGGUCCAAAGGCCUGUCGGCACGCGUCAUGUCGGCUAUGCUAAGUAGCACCAUAAUGAUCAGUUGCUACGAGACCAUUAAGCGAUUGUCACUCAAGGAAGAGUUGAGAAAUACGUACGGUCGGUGAGCUCUGACCACACUGAGCUUGGCAACGACAUGGCAGUGACGAAUUGCCGAUGCACCGGAUGCUGUUUUAGAGGCGUAGCUUGCGCACCUGUGGUGUGGUGACCAUGUAUCAAACUGUACAGAUCUGGUGUGGUGACUAUGUAUCACCGGUAACCUCAUGGUCGCCAUUUUGCCUAUUUUGACUAUGCAGUACCGUAUGACGGUCAUUCCCUGGUGACCACGGUCACCAUGGUGACCAUGGUGACCAGACCACGCUGUCUACACACGAGCUAUGUGCCUGUGUUUUACUGGUGACGACUUGACUUACUGGCCAGUAGCGCAGCUGUGCUUGUUCUACUUCCAGUGUAUCGCGGGGAUUUCCCCGUCUACUCAUCCUCCGGCCAUGCAGCGUCAAGGUAGGCCGACUGUUCCUCAGUUCUCACGUUCAGACAGAACUGUUGGCUCUUGGCCACAGUCGUGAAUGUCUGUGAUGGCAUGUGAGUGUGGGCCGAGAUCAAGCACAACGCCACGGUUUGUAUUGACUUCCAUGGUUACUAGUAAGUUGAUGCAGGCGCAGUCCAGAUCAGAGUGGCGAGUUACCACGGCGACUGGUAAGCGGUCGACGCCGCCCUCAGGUCCGAAUCCACGGUCAAUUGAGUGAGGCAGCAUGGACCAGCGCCACGGCUGCCCUGCUGGACUAGCAGUGUGCGACAAAGCAUUCCUGCUUCUGUAUCGGACUUCGGAGGCUGAGCGUGGAUGUGCACUGUGCAGAUCUGUAGGGUGAGUGCUGAAGCAAAGAAGCUGCUCUGAUUGUCACCAAACAUGUCUAUAGUAGUGAUAACGUAUCCGCGGUGAGAGCGUUGCACUGCGGACGUUUGGUCACGUCUGUGAGGUCUUUACACUGUGCCGUAGGCAGCUGGUUGCAUUCGCGUGGUCUUUGCACUGCGGACGUUUGGUCACGUUUGUGUGGUCUUUGCACUGCAGACAGCUGGUCACAUUUACUGGUUGCCGAAUAGUUGCACGUCAGUACAAGUACUAGUUGGAAGAUGCAAUUGAAUACUGGUGUGCUAACAGCGCAACGAUCUCCCAGUGAGGUCAUGAUAGUGUCGCUGCUCCCGCGGCUUUCCACUAGAAUCUAGACUCAUUGUUUACAUGCAGAUAUGCUUGGAGACUUUUAAAAUCUGCUCUGCCACUUGA